UUGUCUGAGAGGAGUCCCCUCAACGCGCCCUGACCUCCCUAUCAUGGCGGGUACGCAGCCGGCGGGUGCGUCUCUGCCCUCCCCGACAUGGCGGGCAGGCGGCGCGCCGAGCGCCGACCUCCCCAACAUGGCGGCCGCACCUCUCCCGCUCCCGUUGGCGGCCAGGUUGUGGCGCCCGCCCCGUCCCUCCCCGCCCAGUCCUUCCCCACCGUGCCCGCGGCCGCGGGGUGAGGCCGCUCCGCACCUCAGCGCGAUGGGGCGGGCGAGCGGGAGGCUGCCCGCGGCGGCGCCGCUCUUCUACGGGGCGUUGGCGGCGCUGACGCUGCUGGGGGUGCGCGACGUGCUGUUCCUCUACGAGGAGAACCGCUGCAGCAUGACCUACAUGUUCGAGUACCCCGAGUACCUGAAAAUAAAAUUACCAAAGAAAACAGCCAGGCGAUAUCCAGCAUAUGAGCUCUAUCUCUACGGGGAGGGGAAUUAUGCUGAAGAAAACAAAAAUCUAGUAUUGACAGGAAUUCCAGUUCUCUUUCUUCCCGGGAAUGCUGGCAGUUACAAACAAGUGCGUUCUCUUGGAUCCAUUGCACUUAGAAAAGCAGAAGAUCUUGAUUUCAAGUAUCAUUUUAAUUUCUUCAGUGUCAACUUCAAUGAGGAGUUGGUUGCACUGUAUGGUGGUACUCUCCAACGACAGACCAAAUUUGUGCAUGAAUGCAUAAAAGUAAUUCUUAAGUUGUACAGGGAUCGAGAAUUUGCACCAAGCAGUGUGGCAAUAGUAGGCCAUUCCAUGGGUGGUCUUAUUGCAAGAGCAUUGCUUACCCUGAAGAAUUUUAAGCCUGAACUUAUAAAUCUCCUCAUUACACAAGCUACACCUCAUGUUGCACCUGUAAUGCCUUUGGAUAAGUAUCUUACUGAUUUUUAUACAGCUGUAAACAAUCAUUGGAUUCUAAACGCCCAAGAGUUAAGAAAUUUAACUACCCUUUCUGUGGCGGGAGGAUUCAGAGAUUACCAAGUUCGUUCAGGACUGGCUUUUCUACCAAGAUUGAGUCAACAAGACAGUGCCUUAUCUGUUGUGAGCUCGGCUGUGCCUAGAGCUUGGGCCUCAACAGACCAUCUCUCCAUAGUGUGGUGCAAAGAAUUGAUCCUGGCUACCAUUAGAGCUUUUUUUGAUCUCAUAGAUGAAAACACAAGACAGAUAACUGAGGAUCCCAAGAAGAGAAUGUCUGUACUGAAUCACCACUUUGUGAGACACCCUGGAAAGAUAUUUGAGGAAAAUCCUGAAGCUUUUACAGAACUUACAGGAGAUUUCAUGUGGAUUGAAGUCAAAACCUCAAAAUGGACUUACUCUGUUUACAAUGAUUCAGAUGGAAAAUAUUUUGUGUUUCCUCUUGCAAGCCACAGAAAAUCAUACAGUCAUGUUUACUGUGAAAACAGUAUGUUGGACACAAGUAGCUGGAUUUAUGGCUGUAUGGACAGCAAUUCUUCAAUGUGUCUGGAAGCUACUGAUUUAUCCUGGAGAGCUGAGUUACUUCCAACCAUCAAGGUUGUAAUACUGAAACUUCAGGAUUAUCCUUCUUUGUCCCACAUUGUCAUUCUUGUACCACCCACGGUCGGCAAUAAGUUUGCUUUGGACUGUGAAUUCUUCAAAGAGGAUUCCAGAACAGUACAGCUUCCUGUAACGAAUCUUUUUUCCUUUGGCCUUUCUUCAAGCAAAAUUCUAUUAAAUUCAACUGGCUUACUUUACAACGUUCAGCUCCAGCACUUUAACCAAGUAUAUCAAGCUUUCAGAAUAUAUAUAGAGAGCCACUGCCAGUCACCCAAAGAAAAAACUAGUGUUUACAGACUUCAUAUACCCUGGUCACAUGAAGACUCAGUAACUGUAGCUAAAGUUCCAUCUUCUAGUGAGAUUUCUGCAAAAUUGCAUGUUGCUCAGCCUGGAAAUGACAGCAGGGUUCCAGUACUAAACAUUUACUCUUCCUCAGACUGUCAAUAUGAAGUAAUUCUGAAGACAUCGUUUUUACAAAUUCUUGGGCAAAUAAUAAGGUUCCAUGCUGGCGCUCUUCCUGUCUAUGUUGUUUCUAAUAUUCUCCUUACCUAUGGAGGACAACUGAGCACAUUGAUAUCAACAGGCCAGUGUUCAGAAUUUUCCCUUGAACUAGUUAGAACAGCUAAACCCUACAAAGUAGAACCUAUUAUAAGCAUUGUUGUGUUUCUGCAGGGGUUUAACUGGUUUAGAGAGAUACGGGAUUCACUCUCGCUGCCAGAGGUGGAUGCUGCUGUACUGAGUAGUCAGGACAUAUGGUUCCCCCUUGUGUCCCUGAUUCUAUUUCUUUUAGGGACAGGCAUUGCCUACUGGAGUGGAGUAUUUUUCUCUGCAUCUCUGAGACUCUUCUCUACGUUAUGGUUAAUUCUGAUUAGACCUACCGUGCUUCAAACAGAUAACAAGUUGUUUACAUACAGAAGACUCUGUGUGAUGGGGUCUCUUGCUUUGGUUAGCUGGACCACUUGUGGUGCACUGGCUGUAUUCGUUAUCUAUCUUCAAUACUUGUUUAAGGUAAUACAACUACAUGUGAAUGUAAGAGCAGAAAAAAACACGCUAAAUGGGGAUUCAGACUGCUCAAAAGAAACUUCACAGAACUCCAGUAGACACACGGUCAAAAACCGAAGUUUGAUAGACUUAACUUCAGAACCAACACAAUCUCUCUCCAAUAGUACGACAAUUGCUGAAACUGUUAACAGUCUUAAGAUCCAUCUUACAAUUCUCUAUUUAUUCACAUGGAUUGUGCUGCUGAACCUGCCAUCUUUAGUUUACUGGUUUAAAAAUCUCAGGUACAAUGUUAGGCUUGAUCCUGAUCCAUGUAGAUCUACAGCUAUUAUCCUUGUAUGCAUUUUAGAAAUUCUCAUGAAUUCGAGUACUUCUGAAGUGAAAUCAAGUAAACUCUUGAAGAUUGCAGCCAAAGUUCCACUCCCUUUGUCUGUUGCAAUGUUGGCUUUUGGACGAAUGCAUUUAUACAAAGUACCCCACUUUGUAACUUUUUCUCUUCUUCUACAUGUACUAUGUUGUCUUGUGUAACAUUGGUUAUACAUAAGAAGAAUAUUGCAGCCUAGAAAGUAAUUCUGGAAAGGGGGUAAAUUUCAACAAAGAAAUGCCUUGAUUAACAUGAUAAUUUGGAUUAUUUGGGAAAGAUGACAGAACCAUGAAUACUUCACAAAAAGUUUAUAGUUCUGUUCAUGUUGCUUAGAAAGCUUUUCAUGGUGUUUAUUUCCUGACUGUGAAAAUUAAGUGAAUUAAAAAUGUGUGUGUGUAAGCACAUAAAUCUUAUUAGUAUAACAUCAGUACUGUUUGCCUUGCAGACACUUUGAUAUUUCACUAUACUUGUUUGUUUAAACAGACUUUUUUUACUCGGUAUGCUGUGCAACGCAUAUGUCCUAAACUUGCGUAUCUUGCAGGUCUAAAGUAUGCUGGUUAAAACUGAAUAAAUUUCAAGCACACUGUGACUAUCACAAAAACUACACAGCCAAGUAUACUUUUAAUCAUUUUAUGCUACAUUUAAAAGCUGUCACAGUUGUGUCUAGACGAACCAGAAUGUACUGCUUUUAUAGAACUGCUAUUUCUAUCAAAGUAUUUGUUCAGUUGCUGUGGAACAUUUGUGAGAUUAUUGAAAGUCUUAUACAUUUUACUUCUUGUGAGAGUGAAAAAACAAUACUCUGUGUAGCUUUCUAUUCAGGAAGGAUUUCAGCAGAUUCAUAAACAAUUUGUUUUAAAACAUUGCCAAUUUUUUCUGUCCAUACGUAGAAGCUAGCAAGCGUUGAGGUAUGGUGUGAGUUUACAGCGCAGUUGCUAUAUUGCACUGUUUACAGGUAGGCAAGGCAAUUUUUUUCCUAUCAUAAAUGGAGAAUCAGUCAUCUUAUAGUAAAUGUCCAUACAGUAAAUUAAUAUGGAAUAGUUAAGUUACAACAAUGUAAAUUCAUGCCUUGCCAUGCUGUGCUAACUUCCUCGUGUGGACGAACUCUUGGUAAUAGUGGCAAAUACUGACCAUAAUUAUUAGCUCUGCGUAAAGUAUUAUCUUUGUGCCUAGAUGCUACAGUGACUGCCAUUUAUAACAAUGCCUAGAAUAGCUGUGUGUAAGGAAUUCCAUCUCCUGGGUACGUGUUUUGCCUGCAGAAGAAAUCACACUAACCAUUAGGUUAAAAUGAGGUAUUGAUUCUGCGUAGAGAUGAGCACUUGUUUCUGUGUUAGCUGUCUCCACUAUCUGAGAUAUCUGUCAUCUUCAUAUGGAAAUAUUAUACCAGCUUAAUUACUUUAUAUGGAUAAUACCAGGAAAUCUGCUACCUACUGUCAAUUGAGUAUAUUCUUAAUAUAGCCGUAGAUCCUGACACAUUGAUUUUAUUGUAUCUUCUUGUUCUUGCCUAAAGUGCCUCAGUUACUUUUAGCUUGUUCUUAGGGUCAAUUCAUUUGAGCUGGCUGGAAAGACUUAUUAAUUCACACAGACUUUCCACAAUGAACUUGUUUUGUCACCUUAUAAACAAGUCAGCAGUUCAAGCUAUCGGUAAGUCAUUAAAACUGCUUUAACUGAAAAGGUUAUUAGUAGCUAAUCAAACCCCUGUCACUGGUGUCAGUAAUUGCUGUGCUGGUCUUCCAGUCUUAACAUUUUAAUCAAAGGGUUAGAUUAUACAUAGUGUUGGUAAAUCAGAAAAGUUAACUCAAUAUGUUAUAUCCUGAUAUUAUCUAACCAAAUAUAUGCUACAGUAUUUGUAUAAAGGAUAAUUUGUCUGUAUAUACUUGUAGCUUGAUUUAACCUAAAAAUUACUGUUCAGACAUAGAAGAAUAGAGUAGUUUCUGUACUUUCAAGUGGCUGUGAGUG